GUGCGUGUUGUGUGUGAGAGAGGAAGUGGAGGAAGAGAAAGGGAGAAUACGUUACUGUGGGGUCUUAAAUUGAGGUUGCAGUGGCGAUGGCGGCGUUUGCAGGGCUGUGAAUUUAAUGCGCACACACACACACAGACAAACUAUUCAAUUCAUUUCCUCUCAUCGAUAUCAUCCCCCUUUCAAUUCUCAUUCCUCAACUUCAACAAUGACUAUAGUGCAAGUAGUAUAAUAUACAUAUAUAGAGAGAGAGAUAGAGAAAAAGAUUGAUUGUGUGUGUGUUUCCUUGUUUUAGAUCAAGAACCAUUGCUUUCAUCCUUCGUUUACCUAAACUCUUCAAUUUUGAUAGUGAAAUGAUUUGCUGCUAGGUCACACACAAAAUUAGGGCGGAGAUCUAGCUACAACAAGGGCAAGGGUUUUCGAAUGAUCAUGUGAGCUGGAAAUCAACCAAAACGGUGACGUUUGGUUUGGAAUUAGGGUUUGGAUGCGAUGAGCGGAAGAGACAUGAUCAACUGUCAAGACUGUGGGAAUCAAGCCAAGAAAGACUGCGAGCACAUGAGGUGUCGCACCUGCUGCAAGAGCCGCGGCUUCCCUUGCCAGACCCACGUCAAGAGCACCUGGGUCCCCGCCGCCCGCCGCCGCGAGAGGCUCCUCUCUCGCGGCGACAGCCUCAAGCGCCUCCGGGAGAAUACCUCCGCCGCCGGAGGGUUUGAGGUGGCGGGGCAGUUUCCGCCGGAAGUGAACUCUCCGGCGGUUUUCCGGUGCGUGAGGGUUAGCGCGGUGGACGACGUGGAGGAGACUUUGGCCUAUCAGACGGCGGUGAACAUCGGCGGCCAUGUUUUUAAAGGAAUUCUCUAUGAUCAAGGCCCUGAAGGCCGUUACCAUAGCGGUGGAGGAGAGAGCUCCUCGGGCGGUGGAGGGCCGCAGCAGCAUCAUCUGAGCGCUGCAGCGGCCCCACCCCCGACGAGCAACUUGAAUGCCUCGAUGCUAGACCCAUCGAUGUAUUCGAGUGGCUACAUGUCGGGUACGCAAUAUUUCUUGCCACCAAGGCCUUGAGAAUUGAGUUAAUCUAAUUGAUAUUUCUCAUUGAUAAACAUUUGUUAUUGUUGUAACGGUUAUAAUUCAAUGUCUUCCUAUUUUGACACAAUUUAGGGAAUGAGUUAGGUUAAGAAGAAGAAGAAGAAGGUGUGUUGGUUUGUUAUUAAUUAACUAUGUCCGAAUUUCUAUUACGAUUCUCUCCAUUUGUUAUUCUCCUAUUUAUUUAUAAGGGUUUUGGUCU